AUUAAAUAUCUAACCUGUCCGCUGUCUGCUACGAUCUCUGAACAAAAACAAGGCUCGUGGAGGAUGGCAGACAUUGGGUUAGAAGAGCUGUCGCAGCUCGAAUACUUGUCUUUAGUGUCCAAGGUUUGCACGGAGCUCGACAAUCAUUUAGGAAUAAACGACAAGGAUUUAGCUGAGUUCGUCAUCAGCCUCGCUGAGAAACAACCAGCCUUUGAUGGAUUCAAAGCUGUUUUACUUGAAAAUGGAGCCGAGUUCACAGAUUCUCUCAUCAGCAACUUGCUCAGACUCAUUCAGACGAUGCAACCUCCAUCCAAAGCAUCAAUGAGUAAAGUCUCAGAAGCAUCUGUCAAACCCAAAUCAGAGAAAGACAGGCUAAAGGAGAUGUUCCCCGCACUCUGUAGACCCGAUGAUCCUGUACCAAAACAACACCUGGAUGAGGACGAUGUCAAAGUAGCAGCUGAUGCGAUGAAAGAGCUUGAGAUGUUUAUGCCCAGCGUGAGUGGGGCAGAGUCCAAGGGGGGCAAGACAAAGUCGGAUAAAAGCAGGCAUCGCAGCAGAAGUAGAAGCAGAGACAGACACAGAGACCGAGACCGAGCCAGGGAUCGAGAUAGAGACAAGAAGCGGCGCCAUCGUUCUCGAUCUCGAUCCAGAUCUCGCUCCAGAGAUCGCCACAGAGAUAGAGACCGAGGCAAACGAAGGGAGAAGUCCUCCCGCUGGGGUGACCGUUCCCCCAGUCCCCGAAAGGAGCAGGACAGGGAUGGAGACCGCUGGAAGGACAAACAUGUGGACCGCCCCCCUCCAGAGGAACCUUCUGUUGGGGACAUCUACAAUGGCAAGAUCACCAGCAUCAUGCAGUUUGGAUGUUUCGUCCAACUGGAGGGAUUAAGGAAGCGGUGGGAGGGACUAGUCCACAUCUCUGAGCUGCGUAGAGAGGGACGAGUCGCCAAUGUGGCUGACGUUGUCAGCAAGGGUCAAAGAGUCAAAGUGAAGGUGCUGUCGUUCACAGGCUCAAAGACCAGUCUGAGUAUGAAGGAUGUGGAUCAAGACACAGGAGAAGAUCUGAACCCGAACAGAAGGAGGAACGUUGGUCCAGAAGGAGAAGAGGUCUCCAUGAGGAACCCUGACCGACCCUCCAACCUGAACCUUGGCCACGCCCCCGAAAUGGAACAGGACGACACUCUGGAGCGCAAGAGACUCACAAAGAUCUCUGACCCCGAGAAGUGGGAGAUCAAACAGAUGAUUGCUGCCAAUGUGUUGUCCAAAGAAGAAUUCCCAGAUUUUGAUGACGAGACAGGAAUCCUGCCUAAAGUUGAUGACGAAGAAGAUGAAGAUCUGGAGAUCGAGCUGGUGGAGGAGGAACCCCCAUUUCUGAGAGGACACACCAAACAGAGCAUGGACAUGAGUCCUGUUAAGAUCGUCAAGAACCCGGAUGGGUCGCUGUCACAGGCCGCCAUGAUGCAGAGCGCCCUGGCUAAGGAGAGGCGGGAGCUGAAGCAGGCCGCUCGAGAGGCAGAGAUGGACUCCAUCCCCAUGGGGCUGAACAAACAUUGGGUCGACCCCCUCCCAGACGUGGACGGGAGGCAAAUCGCUGCUAACAUGAGGGGCAUAGGCAUGAUGCCCAACGACAUCCCAGAGUGGAAGAAGCAUGCUUUUGGAGGGAACAAGGCCUCCUAUGGGAAGAAGACCCAGCUCUCCAUCCUGGAGCAGAGGGAGAGCCUCCCCAUUUACAAGCUGAAGGAGCAGCUUGUUCAGGCCGUUCAUGAUAACCAAAUCCUGAUCGUCAUUGGAGAGACUGGCUCUGGGAAAACCACCCAGAUCACCCAGUACCUGGCAGAGGCGGGCUACACGGCCAGAGGAAAGAUCGGCUGCACGCAGCCCCGCCGUGUCGCCGCCAUGUCGGUGGCUAAGAGGGUCUCUGAGGAGUACGGCUGCUGUUUGGGUCAAGAGGUGGGUUACACCAUCCGGUUUGAGGACUGCACCAGUCCAGAGACGGUCAUCAAGUACAUGACAGAUGGUAUGCUGCUGCGAGAGUGCCUGAUAGACUCUGAGCUGGGUCAGUACGCCAUCAUAAUGCUGGACGAGGCCCACGAGAGGACCAUCCACACUGACGUUCUCUUUGGCCUCCUCAAGAAGACGGUACAGAAGCGCACAGACAUGAAGCUGAUCGUCACCUCAGCCACGCUGGACGCCGUCAAGUUCUCUCAGUACUUCUAUGAAGCUCCCAUCUUCACCAUUCCAGGCAGAACUUAUCCAGUAGAGGUUCUUUACACCAAAGAACCUGAGACAGACUAUCUGGAUGCCAGCCUCAUCACUGUCAUGCAGAUUCAUCUGACUGAGCCUCCAGGUGACAUCCUGGUCUUCUUAACGGGACAGGAAGAGAUCGACACCGCCUGUGAGAUCCUGUAUGAGAGAAUGAAGUCUCUGGGACCGGAUGUUCCUGAACUCAUCAUUCUGCCGGUUUAUUCGGCUUUGCCCAGCGAGAUGCAGACCAGGAUCUUUGAUCCGGCUCCACCCGGCAGCAGGAAGGUUGUCAUCGCCACAAACAUCGCAGAAACCUCCCUGACCAUUGAUGGAAUUUAUUACGUGGUGGAUCCCGGCUUUGUCAAACAAAAAGUCUACAACUCCAAGACCGGCAUUGAUCAGCUCGUGGUCACUCCCAUCUCACAGGCUCAGGCCAAGCAGAGAGCGGGUCGUGCCGGCAGAACUGGGCCUGGUAAGUGUUACAGGCUUUACACAGAGAGGGCUUACAGAGACGAGAUGCUGACCACCAAUGUGCCAGAGAUCCAGAGAACCAACCUGGCCAGCACAGUGCUGUCUCUGAAGGCGAUGGGCAUCAACGACCUUCUGUCCUUCGACUUUAUGGAUGCUCCCCCCAUGGAGACCCUGAUCACAGCCAUGGAGCAGCUCUACACGCUGGGGGCGCUGGACGACGAGGGUCUGCUGACACGGCUGGGUAGAAGGAUGGCGGAGUUUCCUCUGGAGCCCAUGCUCUGCAAGAUGCUGAUCAUGUCGGUCCACCUGGGCUGCAGUGAAGAGAUGCUGACCAUUGUGUCCAUGCUUUCUGUGCAGAACGUCUUCUACAGACCUAAAGACAAGCAGGCACUCGCUGACCAGAAAAAAGCCAAGUUCCACCAGCCUGAAGGUGACCACCUGACCCUGCUGGCUGUCUACAACUCCUGGAAGAACAACAAGUUCUCCAACCCGUGGUGCUACGAGAACUUCAUCCAGGCUCGUUCCCUGCGCCGAGCCCAGGAUAUCCGCAAGCAGAUGCUGGGGAUCAUGGACAGGCAUAAGCUGGAUGUGGUGUCUUGUGGGAAAGCCACGGUCCGAGUUCAGAAAGCCAUCUGCAGCGGUUUCUUCAGGAAUGCAGCCAAGAAGGAUCCUCAGGAGGGCUACAGAACCCUCAUAGACCAGCAGGUGGUGUACAUCCACCCCUCCAGCGCUCUCUUCAACCGGCAACCUGAGUGGGUUGUGUACCAUGAGCUGGUGCUGACCACCAAAGAGUACAUGCGAGAGGUGACCACCAUCGACCCUCGCUGGCUGGUGGAGUUUGCACCCGCCUUCUUCAAAGUGUCGGACCCUACGCGCCUCAGCAAGCAGAAGAAACAGCAGCGCCUGGAGCCGCUCUACAACCGCUACGAGGAGCCCAACGCCUGGAGGAUCUCCCGCGCCUUCAGACGCCGCUGAUAAACGCUUGGAGCGUCCAGACACUUCUCCUUCUUUCUUUAUGUAUAAAAAUGACCCCUUUUUUUUCCACGUAUUCGUAAUUUGGAAGCAUUUGUUUCCACUCUAACAGGAAUUUAAAUGUUUUGAAAAACCUGGAGUUGCUCACCUGUCAGAACUAAAAACAUGGUUGUUUUUCUGCUGUCAUUUGGGAGGAAACUGAGCGCAUAUGUGGACACCUGAGCCACCUGUAGGUGGUCUUUUGGUUCAAACGGAUGAAGCUUUGGCGGCAAAAGUCUGUUUGAUGUAUUUUGUCCAUGAAAAAAGUACUAUAGGUGCUCAGUUUGUUUCCAGUAAAUGGAUCUUCAGUUCUUAAAUUGACUUCCAAUUUUUUCAAACAGUUUGAUGAAAUAUUGUAAAAUGUAAAAAAAUAAAUGAUUUAUAAUCGGCCACAUUUUUUUAACUCCUGUUUUGGAACUUUGUCAAAGAGUGUUAUUUUGAAGCACCAUGUAAAACAGGAAAAACUACAAUUUUUAAUCAUUACUAUGUGAAGCGAUUGAGGCUAUGAGCAGACAACCAGUAGAAACCAGUUGGAAAUCUUUUAACUGAUGAAAACAUGUCUGUAGGUCGUUAGUGGAGCAAAGAUGUGCUUAUAAAUGUGAAUUUAUACAAUAGUCUUUUCUCACCUUUUUUGUAUUGAAUUGUACUUCGGCUUUAAUGUAUGACUGAAUAAAUCCCCAAAACUGA